UUUAAAAUUAGCCAUACCCAAAAGAAAAAAGAAAGUGAGCUCGUCUCGUCCGUGUUUGUGUGAGCUACCACUACACACACCACAUCCAUUCACGGCAAUAGGAUGUCCGAUCCUCCUGUGUACUGCAGCAGCGUCCUCCGAUCAGGCCCGUCUUCGUCGUUGCAAGUCCACGGCCCCGAAGCGCUCCGCUCUGAGCUCCACUGUCCACAGCCUUGCUUACUCCAAUUAACUCCAAUUAAACUCGUCGCUUCCACAAUUAAAGAAGCGGCUAGUGGCUAUAUAGCCUCCUAAUAAUCGGCCCCUCUCUCUCUCUCUCUCUGGCCAGUUAUUGCGCUGGGUAUAUCGUGCUAGAUCUUGCUGCGCUGGUUCGCGUCUCGGUGGUGGGCGGCGCGCCUCAGCCUUUUCUGCUUGUGUGCGUGCGAGUGGUGUAGAGAAGAGUAAUUGCAGGCGGCAGGCACGCGAAAGAACACUACUCUCGCCUCCCCCCACUCCCUCACGUGAUUCAUACUCUCGUGCUACUACGUCCUCCCAACCGGCCGGCCUCUAGCUAUAUAUCCAAUCCAUAAAAUCCCAGCCGGCUCUCUCCCUCUCAUGAUCAUGGUUGAGGCGGUAGCUGCAGUAGUGGAGGAGGAACAAGAGGAUCAUUGGGAGGCGGUGGUGGUGGUGGUGCGUGAGUACGACGGCGAGCGCGACCGGCGCGGCGUGGAGGAGGUGGAACGGGAGUGCGAGGUGGGCUCCUCCGGAUCCGGCGGCCGCUCCGGCAAGAUGCGCCUUUUCACUGACCUCCUCGGCGAUCCCCUCGCUCGCAUUCGCAACUCGCCGGCCUACCUCAUGCUGGUCGCCGAGACUACAGCAACCGGCGGCGGCGGCACGGAGAUCAUCGGCCUCGUCCGCGGCUGCGUCAAGUCCGUCGUCUCCGGCGCCUGUAGCACGCAGCCCAGCAAUCAGGACCCCAUCUACACCAAGGUCGCGUACAUCCUCGGCCUCCGUGUCUCGCCCAACCAUCGGAGGAGAGGUGUGGGGAAGAAGCUGGUGGAGCGGAUGGAGGAGUGGUUCCGCGAGAAGGGCGCCGAGUACUCGUACAUGGCGACGGAGCAGGACAACGAGGCGUCGGUGCGCCUCUUCACGGGCCGAUGCGGCUACGCCAAGUUCCGCACGCCCUCCGUGCUCGUGCACCCGGUGUUCCCCGGCCACGCCCUGCCGCCCUCCCGCCGCGCCUCCAUCUCCCGCCUCGACACGCGCGACGCCGAGCGCCUCUACCGCCGGCAUUUCGCCAGCGUCGAGUUCUUCCCCGCCGACAUCGACGCCGUGCUCUCCAACGCGCUCUCUCUCGGCACCUUCCUCGCCCUGCCGGCCGGCACGAGGCCGUGGGACGGCAUCGAGAGCCCCCCGGCGUCGUCGUGGGCGGUGGUGAGCGUGUGGAACUGCGCGGACGCGUUCCGGCUCGAGGUGCGGGGCGCGACGCGGCUGAUGCGCGCCGCGGCGGGGGCGACCCGGCUCGUGGACCGGACGGCGCCGUGGCUUGGCAUUCCUUCGGUGCCGGACCUGUUCAGGCCGUUCGGGGUCUGCUUCAUGUACGGCGUGGGCGGGGCCGGGCCGGGCGCGCCGGGGCUCGUGCGCGCGCUGUGCCGGCACGCGCACAACGUGGCCCGGCGGCGCGGCGGGUUCGGCGUGGUGGCCACGGAGGUGGGCGCCCGGGACCCCGUCCGCGCCGGGGUGCCGCGGUGGGCGCGCCUCGGCGCCGAGGACCUCUGGUGCAUCAAGCGGCUCGCGGACGGGUACGCGCACGGCGGUGGCACGCUCGGCGACUGGACCAAGGCGCCGCCCGGGCGUUCCAUCUUCGUCGACCCCAGAGAGUUUUAGUUUAGUUGGCUUCCAUUUUCCUUAGUCCACCACCAUUAGCUAGGUUUUUGUUUUUCCCGUCCGUCUGAUCUGUGUCGCUCGCAUGCGACGGCCUGCUGCUUUCCUCAGACAAGUGAUCCCUCCUGAACAUUCCGCGUUUCAAGCAUUUCGAAGGAUGUCGUGCAUUGCAUUUCGGCGGAUCUCCUUUGUUUCAUCUUCUUUACGUUUAGACCUGAUGAAUGGAGUGAGUGCAAAUGUGAGCUGCAUCGUUGCAA